AUGGACCACCAGAAAUGGUGGUUCCAGCCUGUGGAGCUGGAACCCAUGCCCCUGGGCAUGAAUUGCAAGCCCUGGUACAAGGACAGAUUGCCCUCCAAGUGCUUUGCAAAAUCUAAGGAUAGGCUGAAAUUCCCUACUUCCUUGAACUCUCGGAAUUGGGUGUUCGUUAAAGAAGGGAUAGAUGACUUCAGGAAGAGCUGCCCACCUUGCACAGAGAUGAUCACUCGGGGCCCAAAGGGCAAUUUUCACCCACUGAUAUAUCGAAAAACUCCUGGACCAGCCCCAAAAAGCUGUUGGAAGAAGCUGUCCCCCAAUUCAACCCUGUUUUCCAAGCUCUCGCAAGCUCAGCUGGCACGGAAGGCCUUCGUAGAGGAGAUGGAAGCCCGUGUGAAGCCGCAUCCAUUGGCUUCCUGUCCAAAUCUAGAGGACGAAAUGUCCCCAAAGCUCCUACGAGAGGUGCUGGAAGUGUUGGAUCCUGACAAGCAGCUCAAAGACACUUGGGCGUACCUUGAGGAUGGUAAGAAAAGAGUAAAGAAACACACAGGAGCUUCAAAAACCCCUUCAAUAAGUGCCAGGUUGAACUUUCCCAAGUUGAAGCCUUGGCCAAGUCCAGAUGAUUGGCUUAAAGAAAUGACAAUAGUAGAGGAUUUCUGUAAACCCCUUGAUGUUCCAAAAAAUGUAGUCAACACCGUGAGUCACUUCUGUGAAUGGGUUGCUUCACUUGGAAUUGAAGGUAUUGAGAAACAAUCCAUCAUAAAACAGUUUGAACCCAUAAUUGUCCGUACACCAAAGGUGGGCCCAUCCAAAAUAAAGGAUAUGAUCCUGCUUUCACCGAAACUACUGCGUACAGAAGGGCUAACUAGAUUGAAAGCAGGACUCCCUGUACCAGAUCAUAUCUUGGCAAAGAAAGAGUACGAUCUGCAGUUUUCUGAUGAAAGGCGUAUGAAGAUGAGAUAUGGGGCAUGGUAUCUGCAUCCCAAGUUGUGGAAAAAGUUAAGAGAAGAUGAACCUUUGCCUGACCCCAAUUCCCUACCUGACAUUGAAGCAAGAUCCCGGCUCCCACCCCUCAUGCUCAGGUGCCCUUCUAAGGGAUCGUCCAUCCGGGUCCCACUACCCCUUCCUAGGGACUGUCCAUCCGGGUCCCAGUUCCCCAUCUAA